AAGUUUGACGUGGAACUCCGCGGCCGUGUGCGAAUAUAGUCUUCGCUAUAAAAUGAAGGGCUGGUAGGUGUUUCGUUCAUUAAUAUUCCAUGUUCGCAACUUACUGCCGCUUGCCGCUAUGACGACGAAUAUCCAAGUAGCAUUCAUUUAGUUGGAGCCGUGGUAGCCCAGUUGGUAGAACGCUUGCCUCUCACUUUGAGGUCGCAGGUUCGAAUCCAGCACAGGCCUAAACCAAUGAUUGUCGAAUUUGUUUUCAAAUUCAUGUUUGAAUCAUAGAUGAUUAUCACAUGCUCAGCUCAGCGGUGAAGGAAAACAUCGUGAGGAAAUCCUCAUUCUCGAGAAAUGAAUUUUUCGAGGUAUGUGAUGUGCCUAACCUGUAUUGGGCUGGUUUUCCCUUCGAGGGUUGGAAGGUCAAACAGGCAGUCGCUUCUAUAAAAAGCCGGACCUGUCAAAUCUUCAGGUUAGGUAAACGGGCCUUGUUAAAAACAGGAUAAUGCUAUGGAGAUGAUGAUUCAUUUAGUUGCUUUUCUAUUCAUAAUUAAGUUAUUACCUAUGUGAUUUGUAGGAUAAUAAUGAGGAUUCUCUAACUGGAUCUAGACUACUCUACUCAUGCUUUGGACAUGGGCGGCAGGGGAGCAUAGGUAGGAUAGCCUACCUAUCAUACCAUAACCUAACUAAACACUGCACUAGGUUACACUGUAGACAAAUUAAAAAGGUAGGUACCUAUACCUACCUACUUAUUAAUAAAAAAUAAUUAGAUAUACGUGGCAAAAGCAUAUACCUAACGUAGUUAUAGAAUGAUUAUCUAUACUAAGGUAGGUAUACCAUUCAUAUUGGAAAGAUCAUUAAAAUAAGCAUCAGGUUAUAAAGUAGUAGUGGUGCGUUUUCAUAGAUAAAUCCGUGUGAGAGCCCUCAGCGCUCCCCAUUUGUCCGGCCAGUAGUUAAUGUCAUUUGCGCUAAAUGAAAGUACAUACAAUAAGUCACAUCAAAAAUAUGCAAAUAUAUCUAUCUUGUAUAAAAAUAUAUUCAAAACAAAUUGCCAACAGCGAAAAAUACUACUUUUGUCGCAAGAUAUCUACAUGUUCUUUGAUUUAUAUUUUCUAAGUACCAUAAGUAUAUAUUUAAGUAUGCCUACCUAUAAAAUCUCUGAAUUUGCGAGUAAAAGUAAUAUUCGCCCGGAAGGACUUAUUUAAGGACAUUAGUUACCGUUAGCGACGCCGUUAGGUUGGAUGCCUAAUUAUAUUUAUCAAAACGUUAACAUCCUUACAAAUUUCAAACAACGAGUGCACACAUUAGUCAUGAAACCGCAACCCGAAGAAAGCAAAUGUCGGAAGGGAUCUCAUUCCGUUAUCGAGCCACUCAGAAAGUAUGGCGCAUUUCUUAUAAGCAAAGAAUUAUUAUGAUUAGCAAGUGACCCACAUACCAUCGGCAGAUAUUUGGUUUACUGGGUAUGUAUUUCGCUUUGUUUUGCGACAUCGCGUGCUUUAGAUGAGUUGUACUUAAAACGACAAUACAAACGAGCUCUUGGUAAUUAAACUCGAUAAAGAAAUGCGGGUAGUAGACUGUUGUGCUUUCCUCUUAUCUUCCACAUUAAGAUAGGAGUGACAUAAGUGUUAUGUGUGAUUGUGGAAAAAGUGGGCAUGAAAGUCAUUGACACAAGAAUGUUGUUAGGAACAUACCCCAGUCAUGAAAUAUAUUUUCCUCGAUCAUCUAGUACCUAUACUUACUUUAAUGUUCCUAUCCUAAAUCGAAAUACGUACAUACCUAAUUAGAUUCAUACAUUGUGACAAUACACGCCUGCAAAUAUAUACGUAGUGUAGAGAACUAAUUAUUGUCUGUCUCUACAUCGCAAGCACACUACACAUAGGUUUUAUACGGACGAAUCUAAUUGUCAGAUUAUGAAUAUAAGUAGAUUAUUUAAAAAAAUCGUUAAUUAAUGAGAAAGAUCAUGUCAUCGCACGAUGUUUGUUCAAAUGUGGGACGCAGACACAUGCAUGUUCGCGUUGAACUGGCGGGCGGGCCGCGGACCACUAAGGAGUCGAUACUGUUCAUUUGUUUUGAUUGGCGGCGCGGCCCGGGUGAUGGAUGACUCGCGACAAUGCUCCUCCGGGGACGCGUGUGGGCGGUGUCUUGACAGCCAAAUUCUGCACUUUCCUCCGACUUUCUCUCCGAGGUGCGAAAGGUGUUCACUCGGGGGCUCGCAAAUACUCGCAAUGCUUAUUCGGUAGCUGGCGCCGCAUAAGUGUACGCGUUCUAAUCGCAGCGCAGCAACGAUCGGGUCGGUGAUCGCUUGUCAGUUGUCGGUGCAUCGCGCGGGAGAUAUUCAAAGCACCUGCAUGCCUUUCCGAGUCGGAGUUUAUAAAGAAGUGUUGCAAAGUCUUGGUGCAUACAGUCAGUGCAGGCAGGGCGCAGGGGUGCGAUGCCAGAGGGCAGCCAUGGGGGCUCGGCUUGACAUCGUGAUGGUGGCGCUGUUGUGCGUGCUGCGGGCCGCGGCGCCCGCGCGCUUUCCUAGCUGGUGGGACGAACAGCCUCGCGGGCCGGAGGCAGAGUCGGCGGGGUCAGCGCGGGCGGACGGCGAGGACGUGCAGGUGGUGUACCUGCCGGCGCUGCUGCCGCGCGAGGCGCAGUCGGCCGCCGACCGGCAACAAGACGUGCCCGUACAUUACAGCUUCGACGCUUUUGGACGGAAUUUUGAGCUAGAACUAGUACCGAACCGGAGGCUGGUGUCGCCGCAGUUCCGGGUAUGGUCGGAGCGCGGUCAGGAAGCCCCGCUGUCGGGGGCCGACGCCUCCUGCCACUUCCUGCACGCGGGGCCGGGCGCCGUCGCUGCGCUUUCCGCCUGCCGGGACCAUACUCUUCACGGCCUCAUUGUGAUGGACAACUCCACUUACGAAGUCCGUCCGCUGCCGCUUGGCGCUGGUCGCGCGGACAAUGGCGACGACCGCACGGCACACGUGAUUCGGCGCGCGCCCCCGCCCCCUGCACCCAUGGACGACGCGCGCCCGCUGCGGCCCCGUGCGCGGCGUCCACGCACGCCCUUCUCCCUCCCACGGCCGCCCAAACUCGGCCCCGCCAGCUACACCAUCGAGAUCGCCCUGUUUCUCGACGAAGCCGCCUACAAGAUAUUCUAUCCCUUCCUCAAUUAUAACGAAGCGGAUUUGCGAGACAUGCUUCUUGCGUACAUAAAUGGCGUGCAAGCUCUAUAUCAGCACUCGUCGCUGGGCACCCACAUCCAGCUCUCCCUGGUGCGGCUGACGCUGCUAAGAGCUCAGCCGCCGUCGCUGCCGCCGCACGCAGAGCGCGGGCGCCUGCUCGACUCCUUCUGUGCGUACCAACGCUCGUUGAACGUGGAGGACGACGAUGAUCCGCAGCAUUGGGACAUGGCGCUGUUGCUCUCUGGGCUGGACUUCUACUCGGAGGAGGGUGGUCGGCGCAACGGCGUGACGAUGGGCCUGGCGCCGGUGGGCGGCGUGUGCCUGCCCGCACACGCCUGCGUGGUCUCAGAGUUCGGCACCACAGACGUCCUCGGCCGACCCUACCCUUCAGCCGGCUUCACUUCAGUCUACAUCCUCGCACACGAAAUUGGACACAAUUUGGGCAUGCACCACGACGGCACCGGUAACGCUUGCGCGCGCGACGGCUACAUCAUGUCUCCCUCUCGCGGUACCAACGGUGAAGCCACCUGGUCCACGUGUAGCGCCAAAGUCGUGGCUGACUUACAGUGGGCGACAUGUCUACUGGACGGCGGCGACGAUGAGACUCCUGAGGAAUUGCGCCACGAGCGGUUCGGAGGAGCACCCGGGGUCAUCUGGGGUGCUAAAAAACAGUGCGAGAUUCUGCUGCGCGACUCGGACGCGGCGCCGUCACCUGGGGCCCCGACGGCGGGGCACUGCGCUCAGCUGGCGUGCCGCUCGCCACACCGCGCCGGGUUCUAUUACGCCGGGCCCGCGCUGCCCGGCACGCCCUGCGGCACCCAUAUGUGGUGUCAAGGUGGGGAGUGCGUCGCGUCUGGAGUGGGGCCUGAGGUCAGCUCGCAGGCCCCGGGGGCUGCCAAGCCUGGGUCUGGCGGGACCGGGAGCGGGAGCGGUUCUACUGGGGAUAGUAACACUGGGGGCAGUAACACUGAUGGCAGCGGUAAUGGGGGUUGGAGCGGCUGGUCUUCGGGCACCUGUCGAUCGGGCUGUACUUCAAGAGCUCGAGGAUUCCGAGAAAGAAGACGAUCCUGCCCGGCAGCAGCUGUCUGUGAAGGCGCGUCGUAUGACGUCGUGCUGUGUGAUGAUACUAAGGUGUGCGGCAAGAAGCGGCGCGUGAGUGCGAGCGAGCUGGCGUCGAGGAAGUGCGCCGAGUACGCCGCCAUGCUACCGGAGCUGGACCCUCGAGGGGGCGGCCUGCAGGCACCGCAUGACUCUACUCGUAUGUGGAUGGGGUGCGCGAUCUUCUGCCGGCGCGCAUCGGGCGGUGGUUUCUACGCGCCACGUGUGGAGCUCAACGACGCCGGCCUCGACCCCUACUUCCCCGACGGCACCUGGUGCCACCACGACGGCUCGCAGGACUACUACUGCCUACAGCAUCACUGCUUGCCAGAGAAUUUCAAGAUGACAGCGCAGUGGCACAUUUGGGAGCUUCCCAGCGAGGACAUUAGCGGUUCGUUCAAUGCGCGCGCGCGCUCGGCGCCUGACGACUCCGACAUGGCGGCAGCCAUCCGCCGCUACUUCUCCCUGGACGAGGGCGGAACGCCACUGACUAGAGCUGCGCUUCCCCCGUAUAUUGAAGACGAACCAGAACAGAAUUGGGAGGUCACCGACUAUGUUGAAAUAGAAGAAAGAAAGAAAAACGUCCCAUUAGAAGCAUGAGUGUCCGUAGACGAUCUUCAUUGCUACUUUUUAACUGCACAGCAAAAGUUAUCUGGGAUCCAAACCGAAGAAUCUUAAAGUAAUUCUCCGUUUGUAAAAUAAUAAGUACCUAGGUAUAUAUAUUAUAAUAUACAUCUAUACCACGUUCAUCUGCCGCUCGGCGGCAGCCACGGAUUAACCUUGUCGUAAGAUUUGAUACUUCAAUGCCUUAUUUGAUAUAAUAUGAAGAGUUCCAUUCCACAUUAAUAGCAAUAUAUAGGUCUACGUCUAGUAUAAUAUGAAAGUCACUAUUUUAUCAAUGUUUUCGUAUUCAACUUGUAUUUACAAUUUUAUCUUGCCAAGUUAUAAAUGUUAUUGUAAAUGAAGCCGUCUCAUUAAUCCUAGUUCAAAAAGUUAUCUGGGGUAAUUAGCCUAUUUUCUUUAUAUUCCAAUGUCUUAGGUUUCUAUUUACGGUAUAUGUAAGUUUAGGUAAAGAACUAAGAAGAAUUGCAUUUAGUAGUGUUUAAGAUGACAGUAUUAUAGGUGAAGCGAAUUAGAGCAAUCUUUCUUUAGAAACAACACGCAUUUAUGCCAACAAAUGCAUAACUAUGUUGGCGUUACUUAUCUUAAUUAUUUUUACGUUUUCUUUUUUUAAUUUAAAUAUUUAUUAAAAAAUAUAUAUAAUCUUCUACUCUCGUGGGGGUUGUGAGAUCAACGAUCGACCUCAUCAACCAUGGUUGAUACCGGGGGGAAGGGUGUGAUCAUAAGAUUAUUCGAAAGAAAUAUGAUCCGUGUUUCGGAUAGCACGUUAAGCAGACGGAUCCGGCUACUAUUUAUAAUAAUGGGUUAUUGGGUCAUGUCGAGACCUACGGCGGCUCAAUAGUACUUUAUAAUUAUAUAAAUAAUUUAUAAUUUAAGUUAGAAUUAAGACAGAAACGAGAAUCCCUCAAAUGCUAGUCUUUUAUUUAUAGAAUUCGUUGCUGGAUAAAUCAUCAGUAUUUCUAU